GCAGGCGCCGCGCCUGGUUCUUCAACUCUAGCUCCGCGGCCCCAGGCGGCUGCGCCGGAGUCGGAGCGGGGGCCGGGAGCGCGGCUGUCUCUGGCUGGAUAUGUCGCUUAGGACCUGAAGGUAAUUGGCAAAUGCUUCUCCUGCACAACAGGCUCUAAGGGAAGAAUAGCGUGAUUCCAAGGCCAGCCUUCAAGAUGUGGACUGCUGUUGUAUUUUUCCUGUUGAUUUCCCUGUGCAUAUCUGAAAACAGAAUUUCCACCUUAAAGGAGAGAGGCGCUCGGGUGGUACGAGUAAACCGGCUGAGCAGCGAAAAGCAUUGCAGACGCACUUGUAGAGGCGUAUCACCUUCAGGUAAUCGUUACUGCAACUGGUCAGUGUUCUAUCAGAAUCGCUGUGUCCUUUUACACUGUCGCCAUCUGUAUAUGUGUCAGAAUGCCAGCGCUCAGGACAUUAAAGAUCUACUUGGAGAGCUUGUCCUUAGGAAAAGAGAAGCACAGCUACUUGUCCGAACCAGCAGGCAAGUAGAAUCUAACGCAAGCCAAGAGAGCCAGACAGAGAGUCGAGCAAUGGUACCACCUUCACCAUCAGCUCAAGUAAAGACUGUAAUGACAGAUACCAGAACGACCCCACCAGCAGUAAUUACAACUACUGCCACAACCACCACCACCACUAAAGCCACAACCACCCAAUCCACCAAGGGAACCUCAGGUGAGAUAAGUACAACUACUCCAUCAGCCAAAGGUAAUGAAACUGCAGAGAUGCUUGGGGUUCUGACAGCUAAUCCCACUAUCCCUACCAGCACCACAUCUCCAGCUGCCUCUUCUCUCACUUCAAAUAACGAUACUUCUAGCUCCAUGCCCACAGCCACCUUCGAAAAGACAAGUAAUAAGAUGUUCACUUCAGGAACUACAAAGGCACCAGCACCCUUGUCUCAAACUACUAUUGCUACUCCUGAAUUGAAAGUGAGGACUGCAGUGUCCCAAACAGAGUAUCACAAUGCAACCAUUGCCACACACAGCACUCCCAUCCCUAGCACAGUUAUUACUGUAGGGGUUGGUCCAUUGACAACAAGUUUAUCUAUAGUGGCAACCACCGACAGCCUACAGGACUUGAAAACACAUUCUCCAGAUUCUGCAGUCACCAGUCCAUCUUCAAAGAGUGCCAGUCCCACAGUGCCGACAAUCAAAGCUACUUCAACUCUUGCGCCCCUGACAACUACAGUGGAAAGGCUCCAGAAUAUCACAAGUAAGCCAUCUCCUACUAUCCCAGUCCAAACAAAGACUUCAGCAACUCAGCGGCCAUCAACAAAGGCCACCACUGGGCCGGGGGUGGUGACGACGACGACAACAACAACAUAUAGUACUUUCUUGACUAAGCUUACCACCAUGGUUCCAACAAAUGCAUCCAAAACAACAGCCUUGGGCUUUGGCAGAGAUGAGCAAAACACAGACUAUGACAAUCUGCUGAUUGCCACUGGGCCUCUGACUCAGUACUUGGUGGACACCAGUUCACUCCUGGCAGUACUUCUAUUUGGGAUCAUAUUUUUCAUAACAGUCUUAAUUCUAUUUGCCAUGCAGGCCUAUGAAAGCUACAAGAAAAAGGACUAUACACAAGUGGACUACUUAAUCAAUGGAAUGUAUGCGGACUCAGAAAUGUGACAGGCAGGAGCAGGGUGCCAAGAGAGGCUUAAAUAUGUAUCAAAGAGAUGGAAAGCCUGUGACUUGCUCUUUCCCCUGUUUGCAUAUAAGACAAACUCAAAGUGCUUCCAAAUUACUUCUGGUGCAAUUUAGGAGAAAUGCCAUGUACUAUAUAAAUUUUUAUUUUUAUCAACUGUAACAGGUUGCCAUAAGAGCGGUAAUCAUUUCUAGAACUCUUCCA